AUGACCGAGGACGAGGCUAGCUUUAACACCACUGGAAUAGUGUUGCUUAAAACACUAUCUCAUCUACUUGGUGUGAGGCGCCUUGAAUGGGUACACAAUCAAGCUCAAAUUGGUUGCCCGGUUGUGAAUGUAUUCGACGCUUACACUGAUGGGGUGUUGCGCUCUAGACAAGGAGGCAAUGUAUUUGCCAUUUUCAAGGUCAAAAAACGAACACAUGCGAAUGAUCUAGCAGCAAUUAUGGAUUCAGGAAACCUGCCUCUUGCCGAGACCAGUGGCCUGCGAGGCCGCGUCCUUCGAGACUCCAUUGAGACCGGGUCGCUUGCCUAUGCACUGCGCACGUUCGUGACUGAGUACUCCACCGCUUGGAAGUUAGCCAAAAUCCGUUUGACUGCGAACCCUUCCGCUGCAUUGCUAGCUCAUGAAAUCCUGUGCACGCAGAACAUUCCGAACGUACGCUUCACGCCGGUCCUGCAGAGCGUCCUUAUCGAGCCGAGCACGUUCUUCCCGACUGAACACGAAACGCCUUGGAUUUACUUGGGCCUCGGUUUCAACGAGGAGUCGGUGAAAGACGAUGAGGUCGACGGCGACGAGAUCGUUGGCGGCGAUGAGUGGACGAAUCCGUGGAAUGAUCAUAUGGAUUGCAAUUGUUACCACAGCUAUGGAUUGUUAUGA